AUGAACACGUUUCUUGGACCAGCCAAAGCUUUAGUCGAAGAAAUAUGCGAUGACCAUGAAGGAACAAAGAAAACAAUGAAAGAAUUCUCCCAAAAGAAUCCGCUGGUUGCUCCAUUUCGCCUUGCCUGGGACAUUAUCACUGACGAUGAAGAUGAUGCAAAGGAAACGCUCCAAGUAUUCAUAGAUAAUCUUGAGAAUAUGGCAAAUUCUACACCCCUUCUUGGUCAUACAAUAGCACUUGGACACGCAGCCGCUGGAAAUGACGAAAAGGCAAAAGAAGUCUAUUUGCAAGCGACACGAACGACAAUUGUAGCCGGUGCGGGACUAAUUGGAUCCCUUGCUGGACCAGUGGGUACGGUCGCAUUAGCCGCUGAAGUUGGAACUGGUUGGGACAUGUGCGAGGCACUUGCAGGUGGCCGUGUACAUGGCAUUCCAAAGUUAAUUACAGCUGCUCGCGAUCAUAUCGAAUUAGGUCCAGGCGAAGUAUUCGACAUAGUUAUGACUCCAGUUGGAGAUGGAAUGACUGGAUUGCUAGCGAAACAGCUAUGUGACAAGAUCACGGAAGCACGAGCGAAAAAUCAAGCAAGAAACCAAGUGCAGAAGGCAAGUGAAGUGGUACUAAAUUUAGAAGUUUCAAAAGCCAAUGAUGCUAAAUUGGAACCAUUAGAAAAGAAAAUAGCUGAACAAGGGGUAGACAAUCCUCGAGAAUUGGCAGAACGUAUGUCAAAAGAUGCUGAUGUUCUGAAAAAUACAGUGGAGAACCAUGAGUCGGCAUUGCGUGGAAAUCAACUGGGUCGAAAUCGGAAUAAUUAUCAUAUGAAUCGUCACGUUACGUGUACAAUGAUCGACGAAGAGGGAAAUUCGUCUACUGGUUAUAGCUCAAGAAUAACAGCAGCAACCGGAGAGAAACGUUUUAACGGAGAUAUAUCUAAACUGGAGCAAAAUUAUCCCGAAUACCAAUCAGUUAUUGAUGGACGUGUGCUUGGUAACUGUGCCGAACCCAUGGCAUAUGAAAAUUGUUCAAAUCCAAGUAUAACAUAUGCAAUGCAGAUCAAUGAUGGAAUUGUCAAAGCUAUAACUCGAUGUAAAAAUUGUGCACAAUAUAACUUUGGAACUGUGAUUACAGAUUGGAUUGAUGGAGAGAUAAUUCCAUUAAACCUGGAUGAUCUACCGCCUUCUGGAUCUUAUAUUGGUGCAGGCAUUAAUGGAACUGUUCUUGUUACAAUUCAGUCGAGAAAAAGACGAGGUAAAGGGGACGCUUGA